UCCAUCUUCAACCGCCCCAUCAUCCAUCCCGACACCCUACGCGAAUGAUACCCGACCGUCCUAUCUUCCCAUCUUACGUCUCGUCCAUAUACAGCGAUACUUUGUUUUUCUUUUCUUCUUCUUUCCAACAUGGACUCGGUCCGUCGUAAGAGACAGGCAAUCGAUGCGCUCGAUGAAGUCGCGGGCACCGAUUCUCCUGCGUCAAAGAAGUCCAGGUUAGGAGAUGUUCAGAUGACCGACGGCCGUACAUCGCCCACGCAGAAUGGCCAAUCUGAAGAAAAGUCAAGAGAGGAGAUUCAAGAGAGACCAGGACCAGCCCCAGCCAACGGGGAGACGACAGCCGAUGUAGACGACGAUGCCGAACCCGAACCCGACGCCGACGCCGACGCCGACGCCGACCAGGCUCCCAUCAGCGCACCGAUCCGACAAUCCGCGCCCACCGACGGCUACGACGACCUCUACCUCGACACCAUAGAUCGCAACGUGUUAGAUUUCGACUUUGAGAAGCUAUGCUCCAUCAGCCUGUCCAACAUCAACGUCUACGCCUGUCUCGUCUGCGGCCGCUACUACCAAGGCCGCGGCCCCAAGUCCCACGCCUACUUCCACGCCCUCGACGAGGACCACCACGUCUUCAUCAACAUGCAAACCCAAAAGGUCUACGUCCUGCCCGAGGGCUACGAGGUGAAGAGCAAGGCCCUCGACGACAUCAAAUACGUCUCCGACCCGCGCUACACCAGACAGGAAGUCGCCGAGCUGGACCGCCGGAAGACCCUCUCCUGGACCCUGGCCGGCAAGGAGUACGCCCCGGGCUACGUCGGCAUGAACAACAUCAAGGAGAACGACUACCUCAACGUCGUCGUGCAGGCCCUCGCCCACGUCGCUCCCCUGCGCAACUACUUCCUCCUCGAAGACCUGUCCCCGCCGCGUUCCGAGCUCGCGCGCCGCGCCGGCAUCCUCCUCCGCAAGAUCUGGAACCCGCGCGCCUUCAAAUCCCACGUCUCCCCGCACGAGCUCCUGCAGCAGGUCGCCCUCGACUCGGGGAAACGCUUCACGCUGACCCAGCAGUCCGACCCCGUCGACUUCCUCUCCUGGUUCCUCAACCACCUGCACCUGGGGCUCGGCGGGUCCAAGACCAAACCGGGCAGCUCCAUCAUCCACCGCGUGUUCCAGGGCAAGGUCCGCGUCGAAUCGCAAGCCAUCACCGCCCGCGCCGACGCCGGCGACCGCCUCCGCUUCGAAGAAGCCGCCGAGGUCCGCGUCGACACCUCCCGCUUCCUCCUCCUGACCCUCGACCUCCCCGCCGCCCCGCUCUUCCAGGACGAGAACAACCGCAACAUCAUCCCCCAGGUGCCCCUGUCCCGCAUCCUGUCCAAGUACGACGGCCGCCACGCCCAGGAACACCUCGCCCAGCGGAAGCGCUACCGCCUCCUCCACCCGCUCCCGCCCUACCUCGCCUUCCACGUCAAGCGCUUCAGCAAGAACAAGUUCGUCGCCGAGCGGAACCCCACCAUCGUCACCUUCGACGCCCGCGGCGGCCUCGACCUCGCGCCCUACGUCGAGCCCGACCCGCGCCAGCACCCGCCCGGGGAACCCGUCUGGUACGACCUCGUCGCCAACGUCGUGCACGAGGCCGUGCGCGCGCACCGCGAGGACGUCGCCGACGCCGUGGGCGAGGAGCGCAAGACGUGGAAGGUGCAGCUCCGCGACAAGGCCCGCGACCAGUGGGUCGUCUGCCAGGAUUUGUUCGUCGAGAAGGUCCAGAGCGAGCUGCUUUACCUCGGGGAGACGUAUCUGCAGAUUUGGGAGCGGAGGAGGACGCCGAGGGAUACCAAGGGGAAGGCCGAGGCGGGUGUGUAGGGUGGGGGCUGUAUGUACGUACUGUGUGUAUUGUACGUACUGUGUAUAUACUGUGUAAGUGUGUGUAUGGUCUUGUACAAAUAGACCAGAAUUCGAACCACAACGGAGAUUAUAUUCAUAUGAGAUAUUCAUGGAG